AAGAAUGAGAAGAAUGUGGUGGAAGAGCGAGACACACACACACACACAAGUCUAAGCAUAACCAAUCAUCAAGUAUCCGAGUGUUGAACGGGUGGACAAGACACAAAAGCAGUUAACAUUCUCAAAAAUGCUAACCCUCAAUCUUAAUGCUUCCUCUUCUUUGUUUUCGUCGUUCUCAGUUUUUCCCUUUCAUGGCAAUUAUACACUGUCUAAUCAAAAUCAGUUAUUACUUCCUUCCAAUCUUAAUUACUCCUUUGCUACUACAGCAACGAGAAAGUUGAAGACUUUUCAGCUCAAGGCUGGAUUCUGGGAAUCAAUUAAAUCUGGGUUGGUAAAGAAUAACACAACGCAAGUCAUCGAUCCACCCUCCACAGAUGAAGAAGAUGAAGAACCUCUGCCUCAAGAGUUUGUCCUUGUUGAAAAGACUGAACUUGAUGGAACAAUUGAGCAAAUAAUAUUCUCUUCGGGUGGAGAUAUUGAUGUUUACGAUCUUCAAGCCCUCUGUGACAAGGUAGGGUGGCCGCGUAGGCCAUUGUCAAAAUUAUCUGCUGCUUUGAAAAAUAGCUAUAUUGUGGCCUCACUGCAUUCUAUAAGAAAGUCACCUGGGUCAGAGGGGAAUGAACAGAAGAGAUUAAUUGGCAUGGCCCGUGCUACAUCAGACCAUGCCUUCAAUGCCACAAUUUGGGAUGUCCUAGUUGAUCCUGGCUACCAGGGUCAAGGUCUUGGUAAAGCUCUUGUAGAAAAACUGAUUCGAGCGCUUCUGCAAAGGGACAUUGGCAAUAUAACUCUGUUUGCAGAUAGUCAAGUUGUGGAAUUUUAUCGUAAUUUAGGUUUUGAAGCUGACCCAGAGGGCAUAAAAGGCAUGUUCUGGUAUCCAAAUCACUGAUUGCAACCAUUCAAAAGCUUGCUUAUGCAUCUGUUUACAUUGGUUAACAUUGCAACCAUGAAGUAUAUAAAGGAGCAGCAAUUGCAAGUUUGCCUUUUAAUUACAAUCUGAAAGUAUAAAGAUUGGAUAUCAAUGUUGACAUGUUGUAAUUAUAGUGUUAGGUGCUAGCUAAUAAUUCUUUUUUCCGAAGUUUUGCUACUUUUUAAACAGAUCAACAUGAAGCUUUGGUUAAAGAGCCAGAUUCAUAUAUUAUCAGUGUACUUGCUUUAUAUAUGAAAAACCUGAGGUCAGUUAUUACUUAUUUUUGGGGGGAAGUAAUGCCAAAAAUUU